AUUUUAUAACAAAUUAUUAACAAAUAUUUAAGUUUUAAAUUUUCCAUUAGUAAUUUUCUAAAUGUUUUUUUUUGUUUGUUUUUGCAAUUAAAACUGGUUUAUUAAGUCAAAACUUCCCACUACAGCUCCAUCAAUUCAAUAAAUAAACAAAUGAGAAUUAAAGAAAGAUAACAAAUAAAAACACAAAGUUCAUUGAAUUAAGAAAUGAUACAUUUUAAAUAUAUAAAUAGAUGUGCAAUAUAAAAAUUAAUUUAUAAAAACAACAAAUAAUAUUCGUUACAUUUUCAAACAGAUACCAAAUACGCACUUAGUACGCAACAGACAUAAAACACAAAGCCAAUUUUCUAUCUAAAUUACAAAAAAGAUGGCAGUAGACUAUGUGUUGGAAGAUUUAAUGGGCAAACUAGGGGAAUUUGGACGCUACCAAGCGUUUCAAUUCUUCCUGCAAGUAUUGUCUGCUCUGACUGCUGGUUUGCACAUGUUGUCACUGGUUACAGUCCAGGCGGUGCCCGAACAUCGUUGCUUUAUCGAAGGUGUUGACAACACAAGUUUCUCAUACGUUCCAUGGAAUUCUUCGGACAUUCUAAAUGCUAUACCAAAGAAAGAAAAUGGUGACUUGGAUUCCUGCUAUAUGUACGAGGGCAACAAUACGGUUGCGUGCACAUCGUAUGUGUAUGAUCGUACCUACUACGAAACAUCACGUACGAUAGACUGGAAUUUUGUAUGUGAUAAACGUUGGAUGGGCAGCGUAGUGCAGACAGUGUUUAUGUUGGGCGUUUUUACCGGUGCUGUAGUACUGGGAGGUUUGGCCGAUAAGGUGGGACGUAAAACGGUAUUCUGUUGGUCCGCAUUAUUGCAACUUAUUAUAGGCGUAGCGGUAGCAUUUAUACCAGAAUAUUUUUCGUAUAUGUUCGCUCGAUAUCUGCUGGGUAUAUUCGGAUCGGCUGGUGCAUAUAUAUGUGGUUUCGUAUUGACCAUGGAACUUGUUGGACCCAGUAAACGUACUGCCUGCGGUAUAGCAUUUCAGGCUGUAUUCGCCGGUGGCAUAAUGUUGGUAGCUGGUUGGGGUGCUUUAAUAAAAGAUCGUCAGUUUUUACAGGUUGUUUACGGAUUACAUGGUGUUCUAUUCUUAGCACACUGGUGGCUAUUAGAUGAAUCACCACGUUGGUUAUGGAUGCAAGGGCGCGCUGCCGAAGCUGUAGACAUUGUGGCCAAGGGCCUCAGAAUCAACGGAUCUGGCAUUCCAGUCGACAAGCAAUAUUUCUUGCAAAAAGCCAAGAGCCAACAAGCAACUGAGGAAAAGGCAAGUGCCGGAUUGGGCGACCUAUUUAAAACUCCAAAUUUACGUAUGAAGACACUAAAUGUUUGUCUCUGCUGGUUUGCAAAUUCAUUAGUCUACUAUGGUCUGUCCCUGAGUGCUGGCAAACUAUACGGCAAUCCCUAUUUAAUUCUAUUCAUUAUGGGUUUGGUGGAGUUCCCCAGCUAUUUGACUAUCGUUUUAGUUUUAGAUCGCUUGGGAAGAAGACCAAUUACCAGUACGCUUAUGUUAGCCGGUGGCAUUUGUUGCAUGAUAGCUGCCUUCAUUGAACAAGGUAGCACAGUUUCAACUGGCAUUGUGAUGAUGGGCAAACUCUUUAUUGCCGGCUCAUUUGGUGUAAUUUACAAUUACUCAGCCGAAUUAUUCCCCACCGUUGUCCGUAACUCAGCUAUGGGCUUGGGAUCGAUGUGUGCCCGUUUAUCUGGCGCAUUAACGCCCCUCAUUACUCUGUUGGAUUCGUUCGAUCCAAAAAUACCUGCCGUAUUAUUUGGUGUCAUUGCCUUAUUGUCAGGUGUUUGGGUAAUGUUCUUGCCAGAAACAAUGAAUCAACCAAUGCCCGAAUCCAUCGAAGAUGGCGAAAACUUUGGCAAAGGCGAUACAUGGUUUUCUCAAUGUGCUGGCAGAAAGCAAAGAAGGCAUAGCAGCGUCUAUCCAUCAUAUGAUCCAGAACAAAUGGUACCUUUAAAAACCAUAGAAAAACAUUAGUUUUAACAAUUUAUUAAAUAAAAUUAAUUUAAAAAGAAGAAUUAUACUCACAGAUCAAACUCAAGCAAUACACAAAACUCGUACACAACCAUGUAAAUAUGUACAAUGUAUUUUACAUAGUACAAGACAUACAUAUACAUAUGUACAACUGUAGUAUGUGUUCUAAUUACAUUCCAAAUGUUAAAAAUUGUUAAUUAUUGUAUUUUAUAUUGUUUUUUUUUUAUAGAAUGUUGCUAAAUAUAUUAAGAAGAUAAUUAAAUUAAUACUAA